AUGGAUAUUUUGCCCCGACAAUUUAAGACAAUGUGGUUCUGUGGCGUGUGGAAUGAAGACACAAAAUUUCCCACACUGAGAAGAAUCUACAAAAUCUUGGUUCUUUUUUCCAUUCAUUAUUUUACAAUAGCGGAAAUUGUACAGUUUAUCAUAUCAGCCGAUAGUGUGGAAAAUUUUGCCGACAUUUAUCCAGCGCUAACUUUUUUGCAAUUUUGUUUCAAGCUGAUAAAUUUUGUCAUCAAGGAACGUGAAAUGGGGGAAAUUUUACAAAACUUCCGUCACGAGACAUUUAAGGCAAAAACAAGUGAUGAAAAAUUUAUUCUCAAUAAAUACUUCAGGAAAUCGCAAAAAAUUUUUCUUAUCAAUGUAUUCGUGGAGAUAUGCGGAAUAUUUAUUAUAUUAACGCCAUUAAUGAAACGUGAAGAAAAUACGGAAAUUGAACUUCCAUUCAAGAUGUAUCAUGUAUUUGAUAUAAGGAAUCCAAUUGUAUUCGUUGGAAUGUAUAUUUAUCAAUCGAUUUUAAAUCAAUUUUCGAUUCUUUGUACGAUAACAUUGGACACAAUGGUGAUGGGAUUCCUCUUAAUAACCAUUGGACAAUUUGAAUUGUGUACUUAUAGAAUAGGGAAUAUUGAUCGAAAGGAAAAAGAAUCGGCGUCGAAUUUAAUAAAGGAGUAUGUCAAACAUCAUGUUCGGAUAUUAGAUGUUGUCAAGCAAAUUGAAGCAUUCUUUAUGAUUAUCAUUUUUCCGUUCUUCUUCUGUAGUCUGUUGAUUCUUUGUACUAUUUUGUUUAAAAUCGCACAGGAGGAAAGCUUAUUUAACGGACAUUUGGUAACUUUAGCGCAAUACGUGACAACAAUACUGUCACUAGUUUUCCUAUUCUGUUGGUUUGGGUUUCAGGUUGAUGAAAAG